AUGGCCCCCGAGGCAUCUCGGGUACUCAGAGCUGAAGCACAGGCCUUAUUGGAAGCAGCUAAUCGUUUGGAUGUUCAAGACUCAACAGCUAGGGACGGAUACAACACAGCCCUGUACUACAUACGUCAGUCUCUUAACAGCGGUGGUAAAGUUGUAGUCACUGGAGUAGGGAAAUCGGGAAAGAUUGGAGAGAAGAUAGUCGCAACACUACAAUCAACCGGAAGUUGCGCUGUGUUUUUGCAUCCAAUCGAAGCAUUACACGGAGACUUGGGAUUGAUACAAUCUAACGACUGCGUGCUAGCAUUAAGCUAUUCUGGAAACACAGACGAAUUACUCAAUAUCAUACCUAGUUUACGACAUCGAAAUGUACCCAUCAUUGGUUUGGGUGGAAAUUCAAAGAGCAAUCUGGCCAAAGAGUGUAAUGCCUGGAUAGAUGGCUAUGUCAAAGGCGAGGCAUCUUCAGAAUUACCUGCACCAACUUCGUCGACAACACUGGCCUUGGCACUCGGGGAUGCGCUUGCCCUAUCUCUAGCUCAACUAGAGAAAUUUCAAAAAGACGAUUUUGCACUUAAUCAUCCGGGAGGCUCGUUGGGAAGAAGGCUAUUACUCAAAGUGAAGGAUGUAAUGAUCAAGCCUAGUCAAGUUGCAACGGUCGAAGCCACUGCUCCGCUGGAUGUCGUUAUCACAGAGAUGACCAAGAAACCAAAAGGUCGCGGAGUUAUUGUCAUGGAACCAAUGACUCCGCCGGCCACUCCGCCUCUGACUGGCGAAGAUAUUAUGAAUGAAGGGAGUCUGGAACGAGCUCUUUUGGAACCCAAGCAGACUGCCGACCAAUGCAAAAUUCUUGGAGUGAUUACAACAGGUGACAUCCGUCGAGCACUGGCAUUUCGUGAACGCAUUUUUGAAAUACAUGCUCGCGAUGUUAUGUCUGUACAACCCGUUACAUGCAAUAGCGACCAACUAGCAUCCGAAGCACUGGCACUUAUUGAAAGCAACGAUGGAGAGGGAAAUCUAUCAAUAUUACCCGUUGUCGACAAAUGUAAUCGUUGGCGAGGUGUCAUCACCAGAAAAGAUCUGGAAGGGAUGUUAUAG